AAGCUGGUUCAGAAGACAUUGACAUCCUCCCCAAUGGACUGGCUUUCAUCAGCUCCGGCUUGAAGUACCCGGGAAUAAAGAGCCUUGCGCUGGACAAGCCAGGUGAAAUAUUUUUGAUGGACUUGAACGAGGACAAUCCCAGAGCGGUGGAACUGAGAAUCAGCCGAGGGUUUGAUCUGGCGUCGUUUACCCCUCAUGGAAUCAGCACCUACAUAGACAGAGAUGACACCGUGUACCUCUUUGUCGUGAACCAUCCCCAUCAGAAGAGCACGGUAGAAUUGUUCAGAUUUGUAGAAGAUGACAGUUCCCUGGUACACCUGAAAACCAUUCGACACGACCUUCUGACAAGCGUGAAUGACAUAGUAGCUGUGGGACCAGACAGCUUCUAUGCUACCAACGACCACUACUUCUCCGACUUCAUCUUGAUGUUCUUGGAGAUGUACUUGGGUUUAACGUGGUCGAACGUUGUUUACUACAGUCCAAAAGAAGUUAAAGAAGUAGCAGCCGGGUUUUAUUCGGCCAAUGGAAUUAACAUUUCACCCGACAGAAGGUAA